AAAAUACAAAAUAGAAAACCAAAGGACGUGGUUGAUAAUCGAUAUAGUUAGGGCUCAUAUACACGCCCAAAAAUUCCCAAUAUAUUAGCUCUGCUAACGUACAUCGAGCUGCCGAAACUCGUUUAAAGGUUAAUUUUUACUGUAAAGAGGCUUGUUUGAGGAUUUUCUAUGCUCGAGGAACAACUAUCACGCGUCAUAUCUGUCUGAAAGGAACUCGUGAGAUUUGGAUUGAGUUUUCUGAGCUGAAGAACGAUUACCUGAAGCAGUUUGUCACGAAAUCUAUUGUUUAAAUUAUUGGGCACAAUGUCUGCUCGAAUGAUGAAGAAAGUUCUGAAAGAACAAGAAGCUGCUCUGCAACAACAGCAGCAGCUGGUCAGUGAAGAUGAUUCUGAAUCAUCUGGUUCUCCACCGCCUGCUCGGAAUUAUUUUGAUCUUCUCGAGGAUGAGGAUGACAAUAGCAUCAGUGAGCCCCGCCACGACCAGCAUUCGGACCUGGAAAAAGAAGAGACUGCAUUUGGGACUUCAGAUCAUGCUAUUUCGAGCAAGCCUUUCACCAUGGAAAAAGGUUCUAACAGAGUUCAGGUGCCGAAUGCCAAAUCAAAGAAAAAUAAGAAGAAAAAGAAGAAGAAAAUUGGAGAAGACCGUUCUCAUAUCCCGUCUGAUUUUACGUUAGAAACAUUAUCUUUGGAAGCUAGUUCUUCUGGUUAUCCUCCUAAUAGUGCUAAUAAGCUAAAUCAGUCAAGCACAGAUAACGACAAAGUGCUGAAGAAGCAGAACAACAGCUCCGUGUUACAAGUUGACCCCAAGUUCCUCAGUGCAGAAAACGAGCUACGGCGUAUAUUCGGCAAUUCAGUCGUAAAAACACAUGAAAGAAGUAACGUGUCUGCAAACUCUAGGCAGGUACGCGGUGGUCGACAUAUUAUGAAAAGAACUAUCCUUGUUUCUCCAUCUCAUCACUGGCCACGUUGGGAUGGAUCUUUAAGCAUGGAACUUGUGGAGACUAAAGAGGGUGUCCACUAUUUCAAAUACGUACAGUCAUCAUCAUACGCCCAAGCCCAACGAGUUUUCGAAGCUGCCCGGGCAUCUCACGAUCUCAACUCCAUCGGAAGCAUUCUGUUGAAUCACCCAUACCACAUCGACUCCCUGUUGACACUUGCCGAUUACUUCAAAUUCAUGGGCGAACACCAAUUAUCAGCCGAUUCCCUCGGGAAAUGUCUGUACGCCUUAGAAUGCGCGUGGCACCCACUCUUCACCCCAUCCAAGAACUGCCAGUUAAAAUACUCACAAGAGACGAACAAGCCCCUCUUCACGUCUCUUAUCACCCACAUGAAAAACAUGGACAGGCGUGGCUGCCACAGGUCAGCCCUCGAGAUUUGCAAGCUCUUGCUUUCUCUUGACUCGGAUGAUCCCUUGGGGGCCAUGCUUUGUAUCGACUACUACUCGUUAAGGGCCGAAGAAUACGCUUGGCUUGAACUAUUUACGGAUGAAUAUAAUUCCGAUAAUUCCCUCUGGCUAUUUCCUAAUUUUUCGUUUUCUCUGGCGGCUUGCCGAUUUUACCUCGAACGAGACGAGCAGUCAGACUCAGACUCUAACAAGAAGGGUAUUAUGGGAAAGGCCAAUUCGUACGAGCUCAUGAAACAGGCUUUAAUGCUUCAUCCCUCAGUGUUGAAGAAACUGGCGGCGAAAGUGCCUUUGAAGGAUCGAAAAUGGACAGCUCUGAUCGAGCACAAAUUUUUCAGGUCAGAGAAAACGGGAAGCCCAUCUUUAGACCACUUGAUUGCGAUAUAUGUUGAGAGGAGUUACUUGUUGUGGAGGCUUCCUGAUAUGCAGAAGCUUUUGUACGACUCGGCGGUUUCGGUCAUGGAGAUGGUGGAAAAGCAAGCGGACUGUGUCAAGGAUUGGGCUUGCGUGAGGAAAGAGGCUUUUUCGUCGGGAAAAAAUGAGUACUCCCAUUUGUUGGUGUCGGAUUUUUCGGAUUCAGUGCCGACAAUGCCUCCGGAUAACUUGCAGGACUUUAUUGUCGGCCCAAGAGGUGGAGUUGAGCAACGUGAGCAGGUUCAGGAUAACCAUGUGGUUCGUGAUGUGUCGAACAGAAAUGUGCUUGCUGUUCUGUUGGAAUCUGUGUUGCCAUGGGUCAAUUAUGGAUCUGGAGAUGAUGGCCGCCAUGUUCAGCCUCAACAGCCUGAGCAAGAGAAUGAGGAUUAGGUGCUGAGCCGAACAUGAAUGUGCUUGCUUGCUUGAUUUAUCGGUCGAGCCUUUUUUUUUUUCCCUUUUAGAAGAAUAAAUGAAGAUUCUAUACUUUUUUGUGUUAGAUAAUUCAAAGUGUUGAAGAUUUGAGUUAGAUUUCUGUGACUGAAAACUGCUAAAAGUGCAUUGUGAGGGUUUUAUGGAGAGAGGUUAUUCAAUUUUUUGUUUUUCCUCUCUAAUUAACAGGUUAAAAGCAUACUUUAUGGAUGAUUAUGUUACAGAGAAAGUUCGUUCACCUGGCAAGUGAAAAUGGCAGUUGUCAGGGUGUGUUUUGUUUAUAUAUAUAUAUAUAUAUAUA